AUGAGCCGACUUCCCCCAAGCAUGUGGUGUGGUCGUCCGAUUGGUUAUAACUCAUCUUAUCCAUUAAGAUGCUGGGUGCUUCUGUCUGAUUGGUCAGCUCUUGAUCCAAUCCGUUUCUGCAUCUCUCCACUUGCUUCUCAUCCACUCCUGAAGCUUCUCCUCUCUCUCAGUGCUGGGUGUCUCUCCCUGAUAGCAUUAGGUAUUCUUGGAGUUUAUCCACGCCCUCUCUCCUCUUUAGCAGCUGGUGUCCUGCAUGUCUUCUCCAUAUUGGUUAUGAUCAUCCUUAUCUUCUCCAAGUAUCUGGUGUCACCACUUGAUUGGCUUAGAACAAGAUUGUCCAAAUGUAUGUUUCCUCGUCCAGAGGGUUUCGUACGUUUCCCUGUCUGGAGGGUUUCGUCCCCGUCUUGCUUGAGAAUUAAAAUCUCCUAUUUUAAUCCUUCUCUCAUUUCCAUGUUUCUGAUCUUCCACAUAGUUGCUUGGAAAUGUGCGGAAUACCUCCAUCCUGAACAUUUUCGUUUCUUGCAGUCGUUGCGGAUAGAUCUUGGGCGUCCGUCCCAUCUCUCAAUCUGCCCGUCCGAUUUGCAUUCUGCUUCGACCAAACUUCUUAGAAUGGUCUCUUAUGUCGUCCAAACUCUUCUCUUCUUGAUUUGGAGAACUUUGAUAUUUCGUCGUCCUGUUGACCAUGUUCGUACAAUGAUCGUCCCGCCUGGACAAUCUUGCUGUAUCUUCGGUUCCGCUCGAUCGUUCUUGAUCCUGUCUUGA